GUUACAGUCUCCGUUAGUGUUUUUUAUUGUUUAUUAUCACUUAAUGUUUUUUCUCUUUAUCUACGUGGCUUUAUCGAAAUAAACAAAUAAUAUAAAAUGUCUGUAAUUAAUACUCAGAUAUUCUAACCCCCAUGUCAAAUCACGAAUGGAGGUGCCCAGCUCCGAAGAGGAAACGUCUCGUCCAAUCAGAGCGGCUGUUGUUGGGGAGCGUUUGACCAAUGAGAGGUGCGCUUAGAGUCGCCGCUCGUCAUGGCGCAGGAGCGGCCGCUGUGGUUCCCUUUUAGCGCGAGGCUAACAAUUGCAAUAACAAUUGCUGCUACUCUUGCUGUUGUUAAAAUAACUACAUAGUUAUAAUCUUAAUGAACAGUGUUAUCGUUUGCUGAGCAAAACGUGGUUAUGCUCCAGUUGAGCGAGCAGAAUCCGCAGUCCGGAUAAGCGAGCUCGUCCUCCGCGGAGCACGCCCAUUGGCCAGGAGGCUUCCCGCGUGACCGCCGCGCGGCCACUCGCAAGCCGCCGAGGGAGCCGCGGCUGCGCGUGCGGGGCUCUGUCCGGCGUGACCAGCGCAAAACUGUCGAGAAGAUGUCGUUCCCACCUCGCCUGGCGCGCCACCCCAUGCCCGUCAUGCCCCCCAUCCCCAUGCCCCCGGGGAUGCCCCCGCUUCCCCCAGGUAUGGCGAGGGGGCUGCCACCUCCCCUGCCCCCGGGACUGCCGCCCCCCCACUACGCGGGGUAUCCUCCUCCGGGAAUUCCGCCCCCAGGUACCCCGAUGAUUCCUGUUCCGAUGGGCAUGCUUCCCAGACCGUGGACUGUGCCCUCCCUCCGGCACCAGGUGUUCCUGCCCCGUCGCAUGGCGCUGCCGCCCAUGAUGGGCAAGCCUCCAGCACUGCUGCCAUCCCCGGGGCCGCCGCCGCCUCCGCCCGGGGCGGGGCCGCCCGCGAUGUCCGCCGCGGCGGCUCCCCCCGUCCGGCCGCCCGCAUCCUCGCCGGCGCCGCCGCCGCCGCCGCCGGCGCCGGCGCCGUCGUCGUCGUCGUCGUCGUCGUCCGCCCCCCGGAAGGCGGACGAGCCGGCGCCGCCCCCCACGACCGUGUUCGUGGGGAACAUCCCCGACCGCGCGUCGGAGUAUCUCAUCGGGCUGUUGCUCGCGAAAUGUGGCACGGUGCUCAACUGGAAACGGGUCCAGGGACCGUCGGGGAAACUCCAAGCGUUCGGCUUCUGCGAGUACCGUGAGCCGGGCUCCUCGCUUCGCGCCCUGAGGCUCCUGCACGACCUGGAGCUGGGGGACCGGCACCUGCUGGUGAAGGUCGACGCCAAGACCAAGGCCCUGCUGGAUGCGUGGAAGGCCCAGCAGCAGGCGUCCACUGCCGCCGCCGCUGCCGCCGCUGCUACCACCGCCGCGGAGAAAAGCAGCAGCACCACCAACAGCAGCAACGACGAGAAGACGCAGCCGGCGUCCAACCAAGCCCACGAGCAGGAAAAGAAGGCGGCGGGCGAGGAGAAACAGCCGGGGGAACAGCAGCCGCAGGACAAGGAGCGGCAGCAGCAGCAGCAGGAUGAGCAGGACAAGAAGCAGGUGAAGGAGCGGCAGCAGCAGGAAGAGAAAGCGGCGGCGACGGAGGAGAGCGACGGCGUUGACCUGGACGAGGCGACGCGUCGCGUGGACGAAGCGACGCAGCAGGAGAUCCGCGCCGUCAUCCGCGAGCACGAGAGCCAGCUGUCGGGAGAGUCGGGCGGCGCCGACAACUUCCAGCGUCGCCGGCGCAAGGAGCGCAAGGACGGGGAUCUGGAUAACAUGGACAUUGAGGAUGACAAGAAGGACCUCAUUUCGCGCGAAAUCAGCAAAUUCAGAGACACCCACAAGAAACUGGAGGAGGAGAAGGAGAAGAGGGAGAAGGAGCGGCAGGACAUGGACAGGGACGUCGUCGACCGCCCAGAGGCGAAGAGGGAUCGGGAGGAGCGCGAGGACCGGGAGAAGGAAGAGCGCGAGAGGGAGAGGGAGCGUGAGCGCGAGAGGGAGCGGGAGCGCGAGAGGGAGCGGGAGCGCGAGAGGGAACGCGAGAAGGAGCGGGAGGAGCGGGAGAAGGACAAGCAGCGCGAGAAGGAGAAACCCCACGUCUCCAGCCAGGAGCCCAGCCCUGCCAGCGACGAUGGAAGCCGUGACCGCGAGCGUCUGUACGGCUCGCACGAGGAGGAGGACGAGGAGGACUUCUACGUGAGGAAGAGGCUGGAGAAGAGGCUCUGGGAGAAGGAGGCCUCCUACCAGGAGAGGUUAAAGAACUGGGUGGCCCGCGAGAAGAAGCGAUGUAAACUCUACGAGAAGGACGCCAAGAAGGAGCGGAAUCGGAGGAGAGACAUGACCAAGGAAGCGAAGCGUCUGCGCGUGUUCUUCGAGGAGUACGACGAUGACCGGGACGACCCCAAGUACUUCAUGGGCAACGCGCUGGCCAAGCGGCUGUGGGAGCGCGAGAAGGAGCUGGAGUCGGACGAGAGGGACCGCUGGCGCGAGCGCGAGGAGCUGCAGGAGCUGCGGCUCAGGUUCAUCCGCGAGGGUCGGCCCGACCCCGACGGGGACAUCCUCAGGAUCCAGCAGAUGGAGGCGCGGUGGGAGAUGGACGCGAGCAUGGAGGGCGGCUCCGACUCCCCCGCCGAGAACGGCGAGGCCGCCGGCGGCGUGCCGUCGGCGAGCGAGGGCCCGGCGCUCCUCCUGCCGUCCCUGCGGCCGACGCUGCGCCCCGUCAACCUCGCGCCGUCCGUGUCGCCGCACAGCGACGAGGGCGCCGCGGCGGCGGGGCCGGCGGCGGCGGCGGCGGCGGCGUCGCCCGGCAGACGACGGCAACUCGCGGCGGACGGCGGAGCCCGCAUGCCCGCGCACAGGGGCCUCCGUCACGCUUUCCCCAACGGAAGCCCCGGGCCGCUGCCGCACCACUCGUCGUCGCGCUCCCGCGGCGACGUCCGCCACCAACACUACCACCGCCACCACCGCCCUGGCGGCGGCGAGGCGGAGAACAACGACGACGAGGAGGAGGAAGCCGACGAAGAGAACGACGACGACGAAGACGACGGGGGGGGCGACGAGGACGACGUCCCGACCGCCCGCGCGGACGCCUACCACGCCGGCAGGGGUCGCGGCAGCGCCGCCGCCGGCCCCUCCACCGGCGCCGUGCCGUCGCCGAUCGAGCGGCUGCUGGUGAACCGCGCGAUGGAGCGGCGCGCGGGGCGGCCGGGCGGUCGCCCGGCGCCGUACGGCACGGCCGACGACGACUCGCCCGUGGGGCUGCCGUCGUCGAUGGACUCCUCGGCCGAGGACGAGGCCAGGGCGGCCGGCGGCGGCGGCGGCGGCCUCCGGUGCGGCGGGCUUGGCGGCGCCGGGGACGAUGGGGGAGGGGGCGCCGAGGAGGCGGCGCGCGUCUCGGAGGAGGAGCGCAGGCGGCAUAUCAAGACCCUCAUCGAGAGCAUCCCCACCUCCAAGUCGGAGCUCUUUGCCUACCCGCUCGACUGGAGCAUGCUGGACCCGAAGCUGAUGUCGCGCCGCAUCAAGCCGUGGGUGAACAAGAAGAUCGUGGAGUACAUUGGCGAGGAGGAGCCGACGCUGGUUGAUUUCGUCUGCACCAAGCUCCUGUCGCACAGCGCGGCACAGAGCAUCCUGGACGACGUCACGAUGAUUCUGGACGAGGAGGCGGAAGGCUUCGUGUUAAAGAUGUGGAGGCUUCUCAUCUACGAGACAGAAGUUCGUAAGAUGGCGGUACUCAAAUGAUGACCGCCCCCCUCCCCUUCCCUACCCCCCCCCUCCUAACUCCUCCGCUCACGUCCAUUCCUUACGGUUGUCCUUCGCCGCCAAGCGUCCCUGUGUUUCGUCCGCGGACUAAAUCACCCUUCCCAGCGUCCACGUUUAUCAUGAGGAGGAGUCGCCCACCCGCCCGCCCCGGCGCUCUUCGCUGCCUCGUGCGGCCCGCAGCCCACGGAAAGGGCCGUGGCACCCCCUCAAGCGGGAGUCCAACUCGACCGACCGCACAGCGGGGGAGGGGUUGUCGCUCUUGGCGAGACCGAGGAAACGAAACUGAAUCGUCUCGAGCCCUCGUUUUGUUUUCGUAUUUACGACAUAACUCUUUUUUGACUUGUUGUAAAUAUUGUUUGUAAUCAGUGUAGAGUGAUAUAAAAACUGAGAGCUUGGUUUAAGAAA